AUGGAUGCCGUUACUGCCUACAGCCUCGCGUCGCUGGGCUGGCUCAGUGCCCAAGCGCUGCCUCUCAUUGUGUGGCCGUCGUUUGUAGUCUCGCUUGUGGUGACGCAAGGCCCGGUUCCUGCCGUCGCCGUCUACUUUGCUCGCGCUCUUGGCCUCGGUCAGCUGGCCCUGGCCCUGCAGACACUGGUUCUCUCCGGCUUGCUCCCUCUGCACGCUGUGGACAACGACCACGGGUCUGCCUCACCCUACGCCUGGGCCGCCUUGUUUGUCACGACGCUCUACCACGGCGCGGCUGCCUUUUACAGCUACGGCUGCUAUUACUACGACAUCCACCCGACAGUCACGGCCUUCUUGGUGGGCUGCACGGGCAGCAGCAUUCUAGCGGCCAUUGGGGUGUGGUGUUUGCUCUUUGGCGAGGGCAGCCGGAUCAGCAAGCGGACGGGGGCAGACAAGCGGACGAGUGGGUUCCCCUUUACGAACAAGGAGGCCGAGAAGCGCAAGGUGCGGUAG